AUGGCGCAUCCCUGGGGCACCCCUCUCCACGAACCCUCGACAAAUCCAACUCCCCUGAGCUCCGGAACUCCCAUCAAAGCCGCGGGGAUAACUCCAAAAAGUGCAUGUGUGGCGCAUUCCUGGUCUGGUGUUUGGCGUUGGGUGGAUGUAGCGUUAGCCCAGAUGGUCCUGAAUCCACAGAGAGGUUUUUUCCGACUCUGGCGUUUGUUCUGGAGGACGUUGGGAAAAUCGCUGUCCCCAAAGCCGCAUGGUGGAGCCGGGGGUUUAGACCAGGUUUCUGUGAGGCAUUCGGGCAUCCCUCCCUCCCACACGGCUACAGCAUGA